AAAGAUGAUUGACAAAAACCUCCGAGAAGACGGAGAGAAGGCAGCCAGAGAAGUGAAGUUGCUUUUAUUAGUACAUCAAGAGUGCAAGAGGGCCUCAGCAAGCAGCAAUGUCCGGAUAGAACCAAGACUCAUCAACAUGUUACCUGUGUCAACAUCAAUCCAUUCACAUUAGUUACACUUCACCCCAAAGCCAGUUGACGUAAGAGGUGCUGAGAGUAAUUUGGUGCGGGGGAGUCGGGGAAGAGCACCAUUGUAAAGCAGAUGAAGAUCAUCCAUGAAGAUGGCUACUCGGAAGAUGAGUGUAAGCAGUACCGAGCAGUGGUUUACAGUAAUACCAUCCAGUCUAUUAUGGCCAUAGUUAAAGCAAUGGCCAGUCUCAAGAUAGACUACAGCAACCCUGCCAAAGUGGACGAUGCCCAGCAGCUCUUUGCCCUGUCUGCAGCCGCUGAAGAGCAGGGUGUACUUCCCGAUGACCUGGCCAAUGUGAUCAGGCGACUGUGGGGUGACAGCGGCAUACAGAGUUGCUUUGCAAGGUCGCGAGAAUACCAACUGAACGACUCUGCAGCAUAUUACCUGAAUGACUUGGAGAGGAUAGCUAAAGCAGAUUAUAUCCCCACCCAGCAGGAUGUCCUGCGAACUAGGGUCAAGACCACUGGCAUUGUGGAGACUCACUUCACUUUCAAGGAACUGCACUUCAAAAUGUUUGAUGUGGGAGGCCAACGCUCAGAGAGAAAGAAGUGGAUUCACUGUUUUGAAGGAGUCACAGCCAUUAUCUUUUGUGUUGCACUGAGUGCUUAUGACCUGGUGCUGGCUGAGGAUGAGGAGAUGAAUCGAAUGCAUGAGAGCAUGAAGCUGUUUGACUCUAUCUGCAACAACAAGUGGUUCACUGAGACCUCCAUCAUCCUCUUCCUCAACAAGAAGGAUCUCUUUGAGGAGAAGAUUACUCACAGCCCCCUUAACAUCUGCUUCCCAGAGUACACAGGAGCCAACAAGUUUGACGAAGCAGCCAGUUACAUUCAGACCAAGUUCGAGGACCUGAACAAGAAAAAGGACACCAAGGAGAUCUACACCCACUUCACCUGUGCCACUGACACCAAGAACGUGCAAUUUGUCUUUGACGCCAUCACUGACGUCAUUAUUAAGAACAACCUGAAAGACUGUGGUCUUUUCUAAAGGACGAUGCCCGAUGCACACAGACUGCAUGAGAGACUGCAACAGCCAUUGAUUGAUUACUGCUUUUCAUAAUGAAAACCAUAAAAGACUCGAUUCCUGGGAAGGGGGGCUGAAAGAACUUCAACAAUCACUGAUUUGCAACCAUCACAUUCUCUGUCCAAUGCCUCAUUAUUAUUUUUAUAUAUAUAUCUUACCGCUCUUGAUCAGGAGUUCUCAUACUAUUCAUACUUAGAACUGAGUAAAUACUGAGUACAUACAGUAGAUAUUUGACCAAGAACCCCCUAAUUGGAAAAGAACCACAAACAGUCAAGGCACUCAUGUGAGAAUUGCUGUUUUUUCAUUAGAUUUACAACAUAAAUUAUAUGAGCUGACUGACUUAAGUGGAAAAUAACUGUUGGAAGUAAAACUUAUAAUAAUAACCUUAUCUCAUCAUGCCACAUGGCACAUGAAAAUACAGUUAAAUUAAAGUAUUUUUCUUCCUCAAUAAGCCUUUACGGGCCAGUUUGAGAACCACUGCAUUAAAUGGUAGUUAUCUAAUUUCAGCCUAUUUUUUGUAUUUAGAUUUCUGCUUGAUUUGAGGGUUUUUUUUAGGUUUUCAUUCUAUUUUCCCUUUUGCUUUUGAAGUUUAAUAAGAGGUUACAGUACAAAAACAGAUUUUUUAUAAAAACCACAUUAACUUAUGUUUACUAACCUUGGCAUUUUAUGAACCUUUUGACUGCACAGAGCUUAUUUUUAGAAGAAAACAAACAAGCAUGGAGAUUGGAAAUCGAUGAAGGGAAAAUGUUUUUUGUACAAUGUUUACACAGAAUCAAUAUUCACAGUUGUACUAAAGUGCAUUGUUCUGCAUGACUGUCCGUAGAUUAGCCUGUACUCCCACAAACUGAAUAACAUUCCUUAAGUAACUUCUUUAAAGAAGCAAAACAGAAAUGGUUAUGUGUCACUUUUAGGAUAUCUGCAAGAUUUUUAAGUGGUUAUGUCUGUUCCUAACAUGGUUUGUUCUGUACUAUUCAUUUCAUUCCAAGUCUUUUUCCAUAUGUUUGUGCCUUGAUAUCUGUUUACACUUGUUCUUUAGAGACAUGCUAUCUUCAUAGUGUGAAUUAGGGCUAUUUCUACUCCACUUCCGUUCACAUAACCCAUGAUUAAGAUGCACCACAACCAAUGGAUGAUAGUCGUUCAUUAAUAUUAAGGUAGAAGUCAUUCACUUGUAAAAUGUAAAUAAAGGUUUGGUCACAUGAUCUUUUAUUCUG